UUUCGGACACAAACUCUGUGUCUCCUCCGCCAUGGCCGCCGAGAAGAAGUUGCCCCUCCAAUCCAGCGCCACCUACAACUCCGCCAUCGGCGGCCCUCCUGCGCCGGGCAAGAAGACGAUCGAGGAGAUCUACCAGAAGAAGACCCAGCUGGAGCACAUCCUCCUCCGCCCCGACACCUACAUCGGGUCCGUCGAGAAGCACGCCCAGACACUCUGGGUCUACGAGAACGGUGAAAUGGUCCACCGUCCCGUCACCUACGUCCCUGGCCUCUACAAGAUCUUCGACGAGAUCCUCGUCAACGCCGCCGACAACAAGCAGCGCGACCCCUCUAUGGACGCCGUCAAGGUCGAGAUCGACGUCGAUGCCAACCGCAUCAGCAUCUACAACAACGGCGAUGGGGUCCCCGUUGAGAUUCAUCAGGAGGAGGGGGUCUACGUGCCGGAGUUGAUCUUCGGCCACCUCCUCACUAGCAGCAACUACGACGACAAUGUCAAGAAGACGACGGGUGGGAGGAAUGGCUAUGGAGCCAAGCUCACCAACAUCUUCUCCACCGAGUUCAUCAUCGAGACCGCCGAUGGCAAGAAGCAGAAGCGGUACAAGCAGGUGUUCACCGACAACAUGGGAAAGAAGACUGACCCCUCCAUCACCAAGUGCAAGGCAGGGGAAAACUGGACUAAGGUCACAUUUAGGCCAGAUUUGGCCAAAUUUAACAUGACAUAUCUUGAGGAAGACGUGGUUGCACUCAUGAAAAAGAGGGUCGUCGACUUGGCCGGAACGCUAGGCAAGUCUGUCAAGGUCGAGUUGAACGGCCAACGACUGCCUGUGAAGACGUUCGCCGAUUACGUCAACCUGUACCUUCAGUCCGCAUCGAAGUCCAGACCUGAACCCCUCCCGAGGAUUGCGGAGAAAGCUAAUGACAGGUGGGAAAUUUGCGUCAGUCUAAGCGAAGGGCAGUUCCAGCAGGUCAGCUUCGUCAAUGGCAUUGCCACGAUCAAGGGUGGAACUCAUGUUGAGUAUGUAACCAAUCAAAUCACCAACCAUAUCAUGACCAUAGUGAACAAGAAAAACAAGAAUGCCAACCUAAAGGCACAUAACGUGAGGAGUCAUCUGUGGGUCUUCGUCAAUGUCCUUAUCGACAAUCCUGCCUUCGAUUCGCAGACAAAGGAAACCUUGACCACUCGUCAGGGAAGCUUUGGAUCAAAGUGUGAGCUCUCGCAAGAGUUCCUUAAAAAGGUUGCCAAGUCAGGAGUUGUGAACACUCUGCUCACAUGGGCUGAUUUCAAGCAGAGCAAAGAAUUGAAGAAGACGGAUGGUGCUAAAAGGCAGAGAAUUACAGGCAUUCCCAAGCUUGAGGAUGCCAACGAUGCUGGUGGGAAGAAUUCUGACAAGUGUACCUUGAUAUUGACUGAAGGAGAUUCAGCCAAGGCUCUUGCUAUGGCUGGUAUAUCUGUAGUAGGGAGGAACUACUAUGGUGUGUUUCCCCUGAGGGGUAAAUUGCUGAAUGUCAGAGAAGCCAACCAUAAGCAGAUACUGGAUAAUGCAGAAAUCCAAAACAUAAAGCAAAUUCUUGGUUUGCAGCAUGGAAAGGAGUAUGAUAGCGCUAAAGGCUUGAGAUAUGGUCAUCUCAUGAUAAUGACAGAUCAGGAUCAUGAUGGCUCUCACAUCAAGGGGCUUUUAAUUAACUUUAUUCAUACAUUUUGGCCCUCUUUGCUGAAAGUUCCCUCUUUUAUGGUUGAGUUCAUAACACCACUUCUGAAGGCAACUAAUAACAAGAACAAGACUGUCCUAUCGUUCUAUUCCAUGCCUGAAUAUGAAGCAUGGAAAGAAAGUUUGGGAGGAAAUGCAAAUGGUUGGUCAAUUAAGUACUAUAAGGGGUUAGGCACAAGUAAAUCGGAAGAAGGAAAAGACUAUUUUAAGGCCAUAGACAAGCACAAGAAAGAUUUUGUAUGGGUGGAUGAACAAGAUGGAGAUGCUAUAGAAUUAGCAUUCAGCAAGAAGAAGAUUGAGGCCAGAAAGAAUUGGCUUCGACAAUUUGAGCCGGAAAAUUAUCUUGAUCAAAGAGAGAAGCUCAUCAAAUACAGUGAUUUUAUCAACAAGGAGUUGAUUCUAUUCUCCAGGGCGGAUCUGCAGAGAUCAAUACCGUCAAUGGUUGAUGGCCUGAAACCAGGUCAGAGAAAAAUCUUGUUUUGCGCAUUCAAGAGGAAUUUUGUGAAGCAAGCUAAGGUCGCCCAGUUCGUAGGUUACGUUUCUGAGAAAUCAGCCUACCAUCACGGUGAGCAAAGUCUUGCCACAACCAUAAUCGGUAUGGCUCAAGAUUUUGUGGGUAGCAACAAUAUAAACCUUCUGCAACCCGAAGGACAAUUUGGCACCAGACACCAGGGAGGCAAAGAUCAUGCCAGUGCAAGGUAUAUCUUCACUUGUUUGUCACCAAUCACAAGGUUCUUGUUCCCCAAGGAUGACGACAUUCUCCUUGACUACUUAAAUGAGGAUGGACAAUCAAUCGAACCCACUUGGUACAUGCCAAUCAUUCCUAUGGUUUUAGCCAAUGGAAGCGAAGGUAUUGGAACUGGAUGGAGUUCUUACAUUCCCAACUAUAAUCCGAAAGACAUUGUUGCCAAUGUGAGGCGAUUGCUGAACAAUGAACCAAUGCAGCCCAUGGACCCUUGGUACCGAGGAUUCACGGGCCGCAUAGAGAAAUCAGCAACAAAAGAAGCUGGCGUGACCUAUACCAUCACUGGUGCCAUCGAGGAAGUCAACGGCACUACACUGAGGAUAACGGAGUUGCCGAUCCGUAGAUGGACCCAGGACUAUAAAGAAUUUCUUGAGUCCAUGAUGACCGGAAAUGACAAGUCCAAAGAGCCAUUCAUUAAGGAUUAUCGAGAGUACAAUGAUGACAAAACAGUGCACUUUGAGGUUACUCUGACAGAGGAUAACUUGAGCAUUGCCAGGCAAGAAGGGCUGGAGAAAAAGUUUAAGCUGACUACAUCAAUUGGCACCACAAAUAUGCACCUAUUUGACCCUAAGGGUGUCAUUAAGAAAUAUGAUAACUCGGAGCAGAUUCUUGAGGAGUUCUUUCAUCUGAGAUAUGAAUUCUAUGAGAAGAGAAAGAAAGCACUUUUGGACAAUCUCGAGUUCCAGUUGCUGAAGCUGGAUAACAAAGUGAGGUUCAUCCUUGGGGUGGUUAGAGGUGAGAUAAUAGUCAACAACCGGAAGAGAGCAGAUUUGUUCCUCGAGCUGCAGCAGAAAGGUUUCGCUCCCAUGCCAAAGAAGACAAAAGGCAUCGAUGCUGCUGCCACGGAAGAGGAGGAAGAAGAUGAACAGGAGGAAGAGAGCCCAGAGGCAGGAAAACGUGGAGUAAAAGCCAGUGACUACGAGUACUUGAUGUCUAUGCCAAUAGGAACGUUGACUUUGGAGAAGGUUCAAGAGCUUUGUGCAGAGAAGGACAAACUAGAGGGCGAGGUUGAUGAACUAAGAAGGACAUCUCCAAGAUCUCUAUGGUUGAAGGAACUUGAUGCGUUGGAAGAGGAGUUAGAUAAGCUAGAACGGAAAGAUGCUGAAGCCGAGGAGAUAAGGAUGAAAAAUAACGCUGGUGCCGUACCAUCUAGACAAGCACCUAAGAAGCCAAGAAAGAAGGCUUCAAACAAAUCUGUCACUGGGCCAGAGAAGACGGUAACUGACGCAGGACAAAAGAAGACUAACGGGGGAUCCAAGAGAGCUCCUGUGAAGAAGAACACGGUGAUUGAAAGUGAUGAAGAUGAUGACAUAGAUGAUCUGAAAGACCGGCUUGCUGCUUACAAUCUUGACUCUUCUCCUGAUCAAACAGUGAUGGAAACUGAUUCAGUAGUAGUAGAGCAGCAGGGAGGGCAGAAGAAACAAGCGAGUAGAACUGCUGCUGCAAGGAAGGCAACUCAUACAGUCCUCUCCGAUAACGAGGACGACGAAGCUCAAAAUUACAUGCCUACCAUAGAGGAAGACAAAGACAAGGAUUUCAAUCUGGUGGAGCCUAAAGGACGGAAAGUUAGAGGGAGAAAGCCUGCGAAUGAAAAGGCUAAACCGGCCACGACCACCAGGAAGAGGGGUCCGGCGCAGAGCAGCAAGCCUGUUUUGAGCCAGAAGUUGAUCACUGAAGUUCUUAAGCCGGCAGAGAAUGGAGGGAACUCCCCGGAGAAGAAGAUGAGGAAGAUGAGGGAUUCUCCUUUCAACAAGAGAAGUGGGUCAGUGCUGGGUAGGCCGACAAGUUCUCCCUCCGGGAGUGAAGACUCUAAUGGGCUUUCACCUAGCGGCCCAGCGGAGACGACGAAUGUAGUGGCAGCAGCACGGACCCGACCGAAGAGGGAGAACAUGACCAAAGCCGUGUAUGUGCUGAGUGAUUCAGAGAUCGAAGAGGAUCCGCCUACCGAUGACUCGGAUUUCGAUGAUGAGGAUGAUUAACCGAGCGAUGAUGAUGAUUUGUCAGAGUCGAAAUUUAGUUGGAUGUCGUCUAAUGCCAAUGUUGUCUCAAGUGGUAUGAGCUCCACCUCCUUCUGCUUUACCAGAAAGAUAAGGUUGAUGAGACAUGACCACUUCACCAUGAAGACGGGCCAUUAUCCUUUCGGUGGAACGAUAGACGUCCACGCCAGUGUUUGGUGAACCGAGCACGCCCAUCACGCCACGGAAUGUCCACACUGUGGUCUCUCACUGGCUCAUAAAUCAUCAAGAGAGUUAUCACUGGUUUGUAUUGCCAAUGCUCGUCGGUGAACAGCUCGAGGAUUCAUACAACUUGCAUGCACCACACGACAUGCCCGAUCCAGUGGAAGAAUCUCUUACAAAUAGUUCCAAUAUAUGUGCCCUCUCAUAAUCGACUGUAAAGGUUUUGUCCUCCGUAAUGCUUUUGACGAGGACACCGUAGCGAAUGCUUCCAACGUAAA